CACACAGUCGCGUUUUCACUGUGUCCUCUUGUGUUCUCAGCACAAGGCUGGCACACUGCUCUCUGUGAGCAGUUAUUUUCACCCCGUCUCUCGGGAGCCUGAGAAAAAGACCUGAACACUCUGCCUAAAUCAGUUGCGGCUUUAGCAGCCAUCGGCUGUUUUGGUUUUUGGUGGAAGAAUAAAGUGAAUAGACUAAGACAGUCCUCAAGUUCCAAAGCUGCAUUUCUUCUGAGAUGGAACGUGUGAAACUUUGGGUGGUAAGGCUCCUGCUUGUGCUGCUGUGCUCAACCCAGGUGCCGUUCUCUGCUGUAGUAAGUGCCCAAGACUUGAAUGAAAUGGAGGAAAGCCUCCACGUUAGAAAUGCUGAGGAGGUUAUGGCUGAAGAAGCUGAAACAGCUGAGGGUGGUGAUGGCACUGAGGAAGAUGAUGAACAUGUAGAAGAGGAGAAAGAUGAUGAAGACUCAGAUGAUGAUGAGAUAGAGACUGAUGAACAAGUGGAAGAAGAAAAAGAUAAAAAAGAACAGGAGGAUGAGAAGGAGAUAGCAGAGGAGGAAGCUGAGGAGGAAGAUGACAAGACUGAUAAGAAAGAGGAAGAAGAAGGUGAGGCUUCUGAUGAGGAAGAUGAGGAUGAUGCAGAAGAGGAAGAAUCUGAAGAAGAAUAUGCAGCAGAUGAAGAUGAAGAGGAGGAGGUGUAUGAAGAUACAGAUGAGAAUGGCGAGGAGAAGGUAGAUGAAGAUGCAGAUCGCGAGGAGGAGGUUCAUGAGGAAGUCCCAGCUGAUAAUGAGGAAGAUGACGAGGAGGAACCAAGAGAAGAGGAUGACGAUAAAGCAACUCAAGGAGAUAAGGAAGAGGAGGCUGACAGUGCUGAAGAGGAUACACAUGAGGAUGACUCUGAAGAUGAAGAUGAUGAGUCUGAAGGUAAAGACACAAAGGACAACCAAAGUGACUCAGAUGAAGAGGAGGGAGCUGCUGACACUCCACAGUUCCACUCUGGAUCUUUGUGUAGUGUUUGCUCCAUUUGUGAGCAUUGCUCUAAUGACUGUGCCAAGUGCCCGUGUGAGGAAGGAGACGAGUCUGAUCACUGCGAGCACUGCCAAGGUUGCUCAACCUGCUACAUUUGUCCCAUUCUUUGUGACACAGUUUGCACACCGGGUGGUCUUGUUGAUGAGCUAACUGGAUCCCUCUUGCAGACUGUUGCCUCUCUGCUCUGAGCUCCCUGGGAAUUAUGUUAAUUUGCUUAUGUGGGAAACUACUCCCCUGACUUCACCACAUCAAACAUGAGCUUUUCAUGAAACAAAAGCAAAGAAAUAUUUAUGUUUUAAAUCAUACUUAAAGCUUUCUUGUAAGAAGAACAGGAAAAAAUCAGUGUGCACAGGUUUUGCAAAUAUGAUUUCUUCUUUCUGCCUUUUUCUCUUCUUUUGUCUUUUUAUUGUUAUAAAAAGAUAUAUAAAGGUUGACACACUUGAGAUGACAUGAAUCAUGCAGACAAGAAAAUAUAUAUAAAAUACAUAUAAAUGGCAAAAGCAGAAGUGUUUAUAGUCUAUAGUAUGACUGCAGUAGAGGCCAAAAGGAACAUGAACAUUAUGAAAAUUUGCAAUUUCUCAGGUUGUGUCCUUUUUGAGUUCUUUUGUCUUGCAUCCUGUUAGAGUAUAAUUUAAUGCUAAAACAUUGUAUUACCUGUUUUUUCAUUAUCCAGUAAAUAUUGUUGUUCUUUUGAUAAAAAUGUGUUCAGCGUAGCUGAUUUGUGCAUCAUGAGCAUCCUUUAGCUUCUGUGAUUCAAUUGCUACACUCUGAUUGGUUCACAAUAAAGAAUUGGGUUCAGAAAGGGAAGUUGUGGGUUAAAGAUUUGGUAAACAAUCCGAACCGAAAGGCAGUAAGGCACAUGUGCAAAUGUCAGAUGUCAUGACUUAUAUUCCUCAAGGGGUAAUUCAGGCACUUAGUCUUCCAUAACACACAGAAACUUGUAUAAAAAAAAUCAAAUUACCAAAAGGGAAAAAUGGUCCAAAUCAAAGCCGAAACUUGAUACCAACAUUUUAAAAAUCUUUUCUAACAAGUAAACAUUCAAACCUGUCAAUCAAACAGGGACCCUUUUGUCUCUUUUGUUAGCAGUUUGUUGUCUUUAAGCUCAAACCAAAACCGCCGUGCUUAUUUUGUCAACAGACUGCCACAGACCAAGAGGUAAGGCAUGGCUGCUUUAAAGCAGUACUCAUUGUGACAAAUGAACCAAAGUAAAUAGGAAAAAUUAAUAUAGUGUACUCAGAAGUAAACAUCGGAAAAUUCCAUGUGAUAAUAUUUUUGAAAUAAAACAAUACAUUUUUAUCUAAAUUGGUAAGAUAUAGUGUGAUCUUUUUGAGAUUCCCCGCUAGUUAGAAAACAAAUUUUGUUCAUUUGUCAGAGAUUUGGCAAAUAAAAGAAAAAAAAAACCCCAACAACAAACGGCAACAAAUUGUCAAAGUCACAAAUGUUGUCAUGUCAAGAUCAAGUCUCUCACUGAUCCACACAGUCAUUAUUUGUCAUGAUAAACAAUCACUUUCAUUUGCCUAUAUAUGUUCAGUCCGUAACACGCCAUGGUCUUUAAUGUUUUGGAAAAAGGAGGUGUUGUGUGUUUGCUGUAUUUCUGUUCUGCAUAAACAAGAAGAGAACUGGGCCUAAUGAAGCAUAGUGAUGAAUGUGUGAGGACAUGAAGGACAGAAAACCUUUUUGUGUAGAUUCACUUACCAAAGUGAUGUGUGUACAAACACAAGACUGAGUGACAUUAAACAUUGCCAGGUAACAGACAUGCUGCCCGUGUGAUACAAAAAACUGCAAAUCUCUGUACCUUUACCUAACAAUAUUUUGUAAUAAGUUGACAUAUGAAUGAUGGACAUUGAUUAUUGGAUUUUAUAAAUUUGUCUCUGCUGUUGACUGACUAGUGUAAUUACUAAUCAUGUAAUAAUUAU